GAAGUCGCCCAGCCGCCGCUUCCUCACGCGAAGGCGUGGUGCGGGGUUGGCGGUCCGGCCGGAUGGGCAGUUGAGGAGGAAGCGGAGCAGCCGCGGGGACUUUCUUUCAGGCGGCGAGGCCGCGGAGGGCGCGGGGUGGAGGGUACGAGCGCGCGGAAAGGAAUGAAGAACGCACCUGGCAGCUGAGGAUCGUGGCCGUUUCUAGAGGCGCCUGAGCCGCGUGCGCAGGCGUGGAGCGUCCGGGCGGGGGCGGGCCCUUAAAGGGGCCGCAGCGGAGGAUCCGGGAGUCCGCGGAGAACCCGGGGUACCCAGGGGUGGGGGUGGCCGAGGAUCGUGCGGUUGCACGGAUCCCCUCAAUAUCCCUGCCCCGGGUGGUGACCAGGCCCCGAGUAGAGCCGCCCUCGGAACCCAGUCUGUGGGCCGGCCCUGUGAUCAAUCCCCAGUUUAAGCGCGUCUCCCCGUCUCCAGCCCGCGGCGCUAUGGCUCACGUCGGCUCUCGCAAGCGCUCGAGGAGUCGCAGCCGGUCCCGGGGGCGAGGGUCGGAAAAGAAAAGGAAGAAGAGCAGUAAGGACGCCCCGAGAAGCUGCUCGGCUUCUAGAUCCCGAAGCCGCAAGGCCAGCACCACCUCCUCUGGGGCGGAGGCCUCACCUUCUCCCUGCGUCACAGAGAGAAGCAAACACAAGGCCCGGAGGAGACCACGAUCCAGCCCCUCCUCCUCUCCUUCCAGUUCUUCCAGCUGCUCUUCCUCCAGCGAUGGCCGGAAGAAGCGGGGGAAGCACAAGGACAAGAAGAGGAAGAAAAAGAAGAAAAGGAAAAAGAAGCUGAAGAAGAGGGACAAGGAUAAGGCCAAGGUGCAGCAGACCGAGGCUCUGCCCGGACCCUCGCUGGACCAGUGGCACAGAGCAGCCGAGGAGGACGAGGACGGCCCAGUCCUGACGGACGAGCAGAAGUCCCGCAUCCAGGCCAUGAAGCCCAUGACCAAGGAGGAGUGGGAUGCCCGGCAGAGCGUCAUCCGCAAGGUGGUGGACCCGGAGACAGGACGCACCAGGCUCAUUAAGGGAGACGGUGAGGUCUUAGAGGAAAUCGUAACCAAGGAACGACACAGAGAGAUCAACAAGGUGGGUGUCGCCCCCUUGCCCAGGCCCACCCCCAGCUCUGCUUCUGAUGUGUCCCCUCCUGUGUGCUUUCUUCCCCAGCAAGCCACCCGAGGGGAUGGUCUGGCCUUCCAGAUGCGAGCAGGGCUGCUGCCCUGAGGGCCCCACUGGCCAAGGCCUGCACACAGUGUUGGUGGCACAGCCUGAAGGCUGGCCUCAGGGUGGGGAGCAGGGAGCCCGAUGGACGCUGCUUGUCUCUCUCCUGCAGACCGGCCUCUGGCCCAGCCUCCUGUCACAUGCAGGGGGUGGAGGGCAGGGUCACUGGCCUAACUGGCUCCCCUAACUCCUGAAAGAGUGCAGCUUCCCAGAUAUUAAACGUACCCUGGUUGGAGA